AUGAAAAUGUUUAAAGUUCCAUUUUUGGUAAAGACUGAAACAUUAAAUUCUAGUGCCAAAAAACUGUCAGACUGUUCUAACAACUUCCAACAACCAGACUGUUCUAACAACCUCCAACAACCAGACUGUUCUAACAACUUCCAACAACCAGGCUGUUCUAACAACCUCCAACAACCAGGCCGUUCUAACAACCUCCAACAACCAGGCUUUUCUAACAACCUCCAACAACCAGACUGUUCUAACAACCUCCAACAACCAGGCCGUUCUAACAACCUCCAACAACCAGGCCGUUCUAACAACCUCCAACAACCAGGCUUUUCUAACAACUUCCAACAACCAGACUGUUCUAACAACCUCCAACAACCAGGCUGUUCUAACAACCUCCAACAACCAGGCCGUUCUAACAACCUCCAACAACCAGACUGUUCUAACAACCUCCAACAACCAGACUGUUCUAACAACCUCCAACAACCAGGCUGUUCUAACAACCUCCAACAACCAGACUGUUCUAACAACCUCCAACAACCAGGCUGUUCUAACAACCUCCAACAACCAGGCCGUUCUAACAACCUCCAACAACCAGGCCGUUCUAACAACCUCCAACAACCAGGCUGUUCUAACAACCUCCAACAACCAGGCUUUUCUAACAACCUCCAACAACCAGACUGUUCUAACAACCUCCAACAACCAGACUGUUUUAACAACUUCCAACAACCAGACUGUUCUAACAACCUCCAACAACCAGACUGUUCUAACAACCUCCAACAACCAGGCUUUUCUAACAACCUCCAACAACCAGACUGUUCUAACAACUUCCAACAACCAGACUGUUCUAACAACCUCCAACAACCAGACUGUUCUAACAACCUCCAACAACCAGACUGUUCUAACAACCUCCAACAACCAGACUGUUCUAACAACCUCCAACAACCAGGCUUUUCUAACAACCUCCAACAACCAGACUGUUCUAACAACCUCCAACAACCAGGCUGUUUUAACAAUGCAUAG